AUGGCCGGCAACGGGACCCGGAGCCGAACCGGAUGUCUGGACUGUCGGCGACGAAAGCGGAGGUGCGAUGAAGGGAAGCCAAAGUGCACCAGCUGUCGCAGGCACGGCGUCGUGUGUGUGUACGUCAAGUCGAGCCAGUCUUCGCCGUCCAAGUUUCUCCUCUCUGUGGCAUCGGGCCACUUCAUCGCGCCGUUGGAGUCGCCGGCGAGCGAUUCCUUUGUGAACCUUCGAAGCGAUGAGCUGGCUCUCGUCUGUCAGCAGUACGCAGACGGCCCCAGAGGGGUGUUGCCGUCGUCUCAAGAGCAGCUCAUCCCGGCUCUGAGCUGGCUGCCAAAGUCAAGCACGCUCCCCGGCGGACGAGAAAGCAUGAUGGUUCAGUACUACUUUGAGGUCAUCAGCAACAGCCGGGUGUAUGUCCCCAGCGAGAGGAACCUCUUCCGGACGUGCGUCAUGCCCAUACUCCUGAGCAGCAGCGGCCCUCUCUUUUCUACCGUCCUAGCACUGAGCGCGGCGGAAAUGGUUCGGAGGACCCCGCAAGACGGGGUAGACUAUGCCGGGGCGGCCAUCCGAUACAAAAUCAACGCCUUGACGCAGCUGCAGUCGAAGCUCAACACCGCCCCCGAGGCGGAGGAGAACCUCCUGACGUGUGUGCUCCAGGCCUCCUUGGAGAUAGCCGAGGGGUCUCGGCCGUCGUGGUUGAGGCAUCUGCGGGGUGCUCUGGCCAUCAUGGAUAACCACGGCGACUGGAUCACGCCUGAGUGCGCCGCUCUCGCGCUCCAGUAUUUUCGAUUUCGAUACAUCUUGAUGAAGACGACCGGAUGUAAAGCGCCGCAUCAUGAUGGACAGACCGACGACUGUGAUGAAGCCAUCCAACGCCUCGAACGGCUCUUGCCAGGCCAAGGGACGUUCCAGACCAUUGACCCCCAAAUCGGUUGUUCGAUGGAGCUAGUUCAGUUGAUUAGCAUGGUCUCAGCAGGGGCUCAAAAGGACGGCGGGUACACGGAAGAGGGAUCACGUCUCGAGAGACGCAUUCGAGAGUUGGACUUUUCUGCCGGGAGCAUGCACGACGACUACCUCGUCAAAAGCGCCGAGUGCUUUCGGUUCGCUGCUCUGAUUUACCUCCAGCUGAUUGUGUACGGCGCUACCGUACGGACUCGGGCGAUUCCGCACUUGUUGCAGACGCUGUUGGGUCAUCUUGGCGAGGUGAUUGUCGAGGACCAGCCGAGGCGAUCGUUUCCAAUGUGGCCGCUGUUCAUCGCGGGGUGUGUCAGUUCCAGUGACGCACACCGCAAGGCUGUUCUUGAUCUAUUCAACCUUCUGGACAGCAAGUGGCCUAUCAGCAAUAUCUCGACGGUGAAGAGGGUUGUUUGGACAAUCUGGCAGACAAGGGACUUUGACGGUGGCGGUGCAACGUCCACGGAUCAAGACUGGCAGGAGAUUAUUGACAGCGCCGACCCACCAACCCCGCAUUCCCGGACCCGAGGCAAGCCCAAUGUUGGGGAACCGCGUCAAGUACCCCAGCCACCCCCGGACUCAUCUCACUCGUCUCCCUCACCUCUCGUCUCAACAUCACACCUCCAUUUCAACACGAGAAAGGGAACAAACAUCAUGGACACCCACGAGAUCCCCCGCAAGCUCUGGGAGCACCCGGAUCCCAAGAGCACACAAAUGUACCAAUAUCUACAAUCGGUCAAUUCCAAGUUUAACCUCCAGCUCAAGACCUUUAACGACCUCCACAACUGGACAGUAGCCAACCGCGCCACCUUCUAUGGCCAUCUCUUUGACUACGCCAAUUUGAUCCACGAAGGGCGUCCAACCUCUGUUGUGGAUGAAUCGCUCACGAUAGACGCCAUCCCCAAGUGGUUCCCUGGUGUGCGUCUCAAUUGGGCCGAGAACCUCCUCUUCACGCGAGGCUCGUCUGAUGCGGCCGACCACCACGGCACCGAGGGUAAGGAAGACGACAAAGUUGCCGUCACCGAGAUUCGAGAAGGUAACCGCGGUGAUGUACGCAACCUCACCUGGGGCGAGCUCCGUCGCGAUGCAGGUCGUCUGGCAGCAGCCCUGAAAGCAAGAGGCGUCAAGGAGAGAGACCGCGUCGUUCUCGUCGGUGCCAACUCUAUCGAGACGCUGCUGGUGUUUGUGGCGACGACAUGGCUGGGCGGCAUCUUUAGUAGUUCGUCCACGGAUAUGGGCGUCAAGGGCAUCCUGCAGAGGACCACGCAGGUCGAUCCCAAGUUCAUCUUCUUUGACGACGCCACGGUGUACAACGGCAAGACAGCCGACCUUCGAGACAAGAUGGCCGAGGUCGUCUCCGGCAUGGGCUCGUGUCCUUCCUUUUCUGGUCUCGUAUCGAUCCCACGCUUCUCCAAGCCCUACGAUGUGUCCUCGAUCCCCAAGACCGAGACGUGGUCCAAGUUCCUUAGCUCCUCCACCUUAGCAGCACCGUCAUUCACGCGUAUCCCCUUCCACGCACCGUUCCUCAUCUACUACUCGUCUGGCACCACGGGUAUCCCCAAGGCUAUCGUGCACACCGUCGGCGGCGUCAUGCUUAACAGCUUCAAAGAAGGCCGCCUGCACGAGUCAAUGUCACCCGAGUCCGUCACUCUGCAGUACACCACAACCGGCUGGAUCAUGUACCUCGCCAACGUGGCCGCUCUGUUAUCGGGAGCCCGUGUCGUCAUGUACGAUGGCUCGCCUUUCGUCCCCGACCUCAAGUCAUUCAUCCGCAUCCUCGGCGAGCAGCGGGUGACAAAACUGGGUAUCAGCCCGAGGUGGAUGUUUGAGGUCGCCAAGAAUAAGAUCAGCCCGCGGGAGGUGACGGAUCUUAGCUCGCUGAAGAUUGUCACCAGCACAGGCAUGGUCCUCUCUGACCAGCUGUUCGAAUGGUUCUACGACGCAGGAUUCCCGAAGCAUGUCCAUCUUGCCAACAUUUCUGGUGGCACCGACAUUGCCGGCUGCUUCGGUAUGGAGAACCCCCUUGACCCCGUAUACGUGGGCGGCACCCAAGGGCCAUCCCUCGGCGUCCCCAUCGCCAUCUACGAAGCCCAGUUGCCCGACGGACCUGGCGAGGCCGUGCCAAACGGAACACCUGGUGAACUCGUUGCCACCGCUGCCUUCCCCAACAUCCCGUGCUUCCUCUGGGGCGAUUCAGCACCCCCACAGUUGUCACCAAGCUCGCCGAAUUUUGCCUCUGCCGCCCCAGGCUCCAAGUAUCACUCGGCAUACUUUGCUCGCUUUGAUAACGUCUGGGCACACGGCGACUUCUGCUCCAUCCACCCAAAGACGGGCAACAUUUCCUUCCUCGGACGUGCUGACGGUGUGCUGAACCCUAGCGGUGUUCGCUUUGGCAGUGCCGAGAUCUACGCAGUGAUUGAGCGGAACUUUUCGAACAAGGUGGUCGACAGCCUAUGUGUCGGGCAGAGGCGUCCCACUGACAACGACGAGAGCGUGAUGCUCUUCCUGAUGAUGCGCGAGGGCGAGAAGUUUGACCGCCAGCUGGUGGCUGAGGUCAAGGACAAGAUUCAGAGAGAGUUGACAAAGAGGCAUGUGCCCAAGUACAUCUUUCAGACGCCGGAGAUACCAGUCGAGCUCCCGGUGAAGCAGAUUGUCUCGGGCCGGACCAUUAAGCCAAGUGGCACGCUCCUCAACCCUCAGAGUCUGGACUUUUACUACCAGUUCGCCAAGAUUGAGGAGCUGCUCGCCGGUAAGGAGAAGCUGUAA